UCAGCGUUAAAAACUGAAACAACAAGAAUGCAUAACCUCACUAACAGUUUGGUCUGAAGUUCGAAUGUGUCAAUUUCUGGAUAUUUAUUUGUGUGCGAAAAUAUAAUUGGAUUUUCCAAAAAAGCGUAAAUAUCGUGGGUAUUAAUAUCAACAGUUAAAAUGAUAUCAACGGAUGACGGGGAAUUUUACCCAGAAAAAAACUUGGACCGAAGCUAUAAGAUUCCCAAGCGAAGCAAACUCUCCGAUGAUAAUGCCACUGGUGCCAUCGUAUGUACUGCAUCUGAUUUUCCGACCAAUCAUAGCGAUACUCCCUUACAGGAUUCUUAUUAUAAUUAUCCUUAUGAUCCAAGAGCUUCGUCAGCGUAUUAUCAAAAUUAUCCAUAUUUUCAAGAAUAUGGGAAUCUCCCAGGUCAAGGUUUCUACAGAGCUGGGGAGUAUGCUCCAGGACGAGGUGUUAAGAGGCCUGCUGAUUUUUUGGGACCUAAUCUCGGUGCGACACCGUUUAUGGAUGAUAAUGUAGUUCCAAUAGAACAAUCAAUUUGCAAUACUUUGAAAAGCAUUAAGGAAUUGCCAAAAACCCAACGAGCAAAUAUCUUUGAGAGAACUGUGCCAGAUAUCGCGGACGAAAGCCUUCCGAAAGAAUUAAAAUUGCUAUUCCAACCGCUUUACUGCAAAUUAUGUUCUGUUCAACUGUCCAGUAAUCAGACAGCAAUAAUGCAUUACAAGGCAAAGAGCCACGAGAAGAAGAUAAGAAAAUGGUUAACGGAUUGGGCGGUCAAAACAGGCGAACCUUUGCCCAAGAGGGCCACAGCUCCCCGUGAAAAAAAGACAGAGGAUCUAGUUGAAAAAAAUCCUUCCUGGUUUCAUUGCGAUGUUUGCGAUUUAGAUCUAACGGGACAGAUUCAUGCUGAAUCUCACUACAUGGGCAGAAAUCAUCAGAAGGCUCUAUUAGGUCAUAAAAGCCCCGCUGGUUCGGGAUAUUAUGAUAAAGACGGAAAAUGGGUUCGAAUUAAACACUUGAAAUCUAAAUCGAUGGACGAAAAAGGCGAAGACAGUUUUGGUGCGGAUUUCAAGAAAAACCUUUCAGCGUCAUCCGUUGAUGCUGCCCCACAACAAAAGAAGGAGGUUACGCCCAUUUCCAAUUACCAUUGCAAAGUGUGCAAUAUUUACACCACCCACCCAGACAUUUUGGAGAGUCAUUUCAAAGGUCAAAAGCAUGCGAAAAAGUUGAAACACCUUGGCAUUGUUGCGUCUGGUGAAUCGAAAAAUUCUGCAGAAGAAACAGCGAUUAGACCUACGACAAUAUCCACCGCCAUAGACAACAAAACAAACAAUGAAGUUAAUUUAACAGCGUAUCGUACACCAUCUGGACUCUACUACUGUGCUAUAUGUAAUACUACCAUUAAUUCAGAAUCUUCGUUUCUGCAACAUCUAAACAGUAAAGGACAUGAUAAAAAAUCACAACUCAAAUCGAAAGGUACCAUAUAAAAACCUGGUAGAUGUACACAUUUAUAUUGUAUAAUGUAUAAUAAUAUGAACGUGUGCUGUUUAAGCUAGGAUACUCAUGGCCUGAAGAUAUACAUUGUUUAUCUUUAAUUUUAUCAAAAUCUUGUUAUUUCUUAGUUAUUAGAAAAAAAUCGGCUGUAAUAUUUAUUAUUUAACUAUUAGUUAGUAAAUCCUAACUAACAGGCUCCCCUUUCGACUUAGGAACAUGUUUCAGGAACUCACGUAAUUACUAAAUCUCACUCGUUCCAGGCAUUAUUUGUUUAGAGUCCACUUCAGAGUUAUGUUACAUUCAUACAUUUACGAGCCCAAACACCUAUAGAUUCAGACUAUGUUCAAUGAGUAGGAAAUAAAUCAUUUAUAUUUACUUUA